GGGCAGAGCUCUUCUGGAGUCCUGAGAACUGGAUCCCCCUCAGGUAUGCUGCUCCACCAGUGAACCAACAGGAUGUUCAACUGGGUGGUAAAAGUGGUCCCUCAGCCCCCUGAUGGUCCAGGCUCACUGGGAGAGGGCAUCCCCCAUGCCCAACCUGCUGAAAAUAAAUCAUCAAAAGGUGAAGCAAAAAAAGGCAAGGCCAAAGUAGUAAUACACCAUGCCGAGGAGCAAACGUCUGAAGAGAACAGUGGCCAGAGUGGGAUGCUGACUUGGCUGUCCAAUGGUUUUGCCAACACCCUCCCCCAGCCGACCGGCUCCCCCCGUCUCAGCAGAGGCAACUCUGAUGCUAGGUUUUUGAAUGGAGAGGAGGUGGAAAGUAAUGGUGUGAUAGGGUGGAUAACCCAGGGUCUGGGGAAGGUGGUGCCCCAGCCAGAGGAAAUAUACAAAGAUCUCUAUGAACCCGAUGAUUUCACAGAGGUUUCAGACGCAAGCAGGGUGGAGGAGUGUAUCGCAGAGCCGAGUGUGUACCUUGCAAGUGAAUUGCCAGAUAUGGAGCCCCUCCCCCAUAUACCUGUGGUAGAGGUCUUGUCAGAGGACGAGGAAGGGGGCAGUGUCCCCCAGUUCCCCCCCAAGAUGGUGGACUGGCUGAAGAAUGCUAUGCCCCACCGAGUGUUGGUUCCAGGCCCAGGCUGUAUCGAAGGCCCGCAGAUCCACAGAUCUUCUCUAGACAAACUUCUGUCACCUCCACCUGAGUCUCUGAGUGGAGCGGAGGACGACUCCAAGAGCUCCAAAGUGGUGGGCUGGUUCGUCCAGGGACUAGGCCUCAGGAUUCCUCAGCCCGUCCUAAAAAACAGAAAUGACGCCGGGGUGGCAGCUGAAGUUCUACAAAACGGGGGAAAGGCGCUGAGAGCCCCUUAAACAAAAGGAGAAAGAAGACUGAGGAACAGUCUGUCAGACAGAGACACAUACUAACAGACAGACAGGCAGAGACAGAUACUACCAGACAGACAGGCAGAGACAGAUACUAACAGACAGACAGACAGGCAGAGACAGAUACUAACAGACAGACAGACAGACAGACAGACAGAGACACAUACUAACAGACAGGCACGCAGGCAGGCAGGCAGGAAGGCAGGCAGGCAGGCAAACUAAAAGACAGACAGACAGAAAACAGAUACACCAAUACAGACAGACAGUUAGACAGACAGACCCACAGUGACAGAGACAGAGAGGCUCUCGCAAUUUAAGACUUCUAGUGAGAGAAACACUGAGAGUGAACACACACUCAUGCACAUGACAAACUGCAGCCGACCACAGACACAGACCACUAUGGAGAGACCCAGACGGACAGAAGGACCAACUUAGUGAAGAGACAUGCCAACCGUCAUGCCGACAUGCCGACUGACACACAUAGGAACAUGACAUAAGACAAACAAGAACAUUUGGGCAGCUCAACAGAACAGGGCUUUCAGGCAGCUGUGAGACAACACAUUUAUUGUGUACCUUACUCUUUAUGGACAAAUCUAUUCAUCUAGUUUAUUUGUAUAUAUUUUAGUGAUUGUGAAGGAUAUGAACACAGGUGUUGGAUUUAAACAACUGUUCUUCAGUUGAGUUUAUAUGUAUAUAAGUCUAUAUGUAGGGAAGACAUGCUAUGUUUGUACUGAAACAUAUUAGGAGACUUUUGAGACUGUUCUUGAACCAGUGGUCUUUGUGAUGAUCAUUUUGCACAUGUAGGCUGAAUCAUGUAGAGAUGUUAGGAGACAGUGUUACUCAUUUAGAUAUUUCACUGGGUGUUUCCUUGAGUGACAUGCUAGGUUAGAUAAAGUAACACAAUCAGGGUAUAUAACAAUGUAGUUUCUGCUUCAUGACAUUGUUUAAUGUCAUAAAACAGAUUUUUGUGUUAUGAAACCAUAGAAUCAAAAGGUUAUGAAAUCAUAUCAAAGGUUAUUACAGCAUUAAAACAACUUGUUAAAAUGACAUACAAGUUGACUAGUAAAUAAAUAGGCCUAUUUUGCCCUUGUGGCCUAUAUGUUUUGCCUUUAACUCUGAAUGUGGCUUAAAUAUUACUUCAGAUUAAUUUAAUUUGAUUGACUUUGCAACAGUACUGUCAUAGUUCCUG